AUGAAGUUUUCGGACUUAAAUAUCGAUCAAAGAAUUGAAAAGGGACUUAAUGAGAACGGGUUUAUUACAAUGAAAGAAAUUCAACAACGGGUAAUUCCCGUAGCACUAGAAGGCAAUGACAUAAUUGGAUCAUCACAGACAGGAACCGGAAAGACUCUUGCUUUUCUUAUACCCAUUUUACAGAGGCUAACAGACCUCCAAUGGAGAAGAGAGGAUGGCCUUGGGUGUUUAAUAGUUACACCAACACGUGAGCUGGCUUUACAGAUAUUCGAUGUUCUUACCAGGGUUGGGAAACAUACUACAUUGAAUGCUGGUCUGAUUAUGGGUGGGGUUGAGGCAGAAAACGAAUCUCUGAAGAUUAGCACUAUGAGCAUUCUUAUAUGCACACCAGGAAGAUUCCUUCAGCACCUACAAGAAAAUCCUUGUCUGAAAACCGAGAACAUUCAAAUAUUGGUUCUUGAUGAAGCAGACAAAAUGAUUGAGAUGGGAUUCAAGGAGAUUCUGGAAGAUAUACUUGAGUACAUUCCUUCAAAGAAGCAAACCUUACUGUUUUCAGCAACACCUAAAGCCUCAACAGCCAGAAUCUUAAAACUGGAAGACCCGAAGAUUAUAUCUAUAUACAAGGAAGAGGGAUUUCCAUCUCGACUACACCAAUAUUUUUAUAUGAUGAGGAUAGAGGAUAAAAUCAGCUAUCUGCACACAUUUAUCAGAAGCAAUCCGGAAGUCAAAGGGAUAGUAUUCUUCAGCACUUGCAAGGAGGUCAAAUUUCAUCACCUUCUAUUCGAGAGACUCAAGCUCCGUAACAGAGUCUUUUGCCUUAGUGGAGGGAUUUCACAAAGACAAAGAAUAGAUACAUUCAAAAGAUUCGUAAAAGAAAAGAAUGGAAUUCUGUUCUGUACUGACCUAGGAUCUCGAGGACUAGACUUUCCAAAGGUCGACGUAGUUAUACAAUACGAUUGCCCAUGCAACGUUGAGACAUAUGUCCAUCGUGUGGGAAGAACAGCUAGAAACAAUGAGGGUGGAGAGUCUUACGUAUAUCUUGUUUAUGGGGAGGAAAGACUUCUUGGAGACAUUCAAAAGAAGGGAUGGAUUAGAAGCCAGGAAGCUAAAGACAAAAAAGCAGAGGAUGAAAGCAUCUCUGAAGAGAUUCAAGAGGGUCCAAAGAUCCAAAUUAAAUGUAUCGAUAAGAUGAUAAAAGGGCUCGUGAAAUCAAACAAAGAGCUUAAUGAAUACUGCAAAAAGUAUCUUGUGACAUAUGAGAAGUUCCUUGGUUUUAGUAGUAAGAGGUAUUCUGAAAGUAUAUUAAGAAAGAUUCCAUCAUUAUAUGAAUAUUUUGGAAUUUCGAAAGAUUAG